AUGAGCAUCCGGACCCUACCCACACUGGAGAAGCUGGCAAGGAAGGCGCUGUUGAGAGAUGAGGCCUUGGCCAUCUCUGCUCUGGAAGACCUGCCCAAGAGGUUCUUCCUACCACUGUUCCAGGAGGCCUUCAGUUGCAGACUCCGGAGGAUUGUGAGGGCUAUGGUGGCAGCCUGGCCUUUCUCCUACUUUCCUGUGGCGGUGCUGAUGGACACCUGCAAUUGGGAUUUCUUUCGGGCUGUGAUAGAAGGACUGAGGGCUCUGCUGAGACAGCACGAUCACCCUAUGAGGGGGAAUCUUCGAAUACUGGAUUUUCGGAGGGUGCACCGUGACGUCUGGACCAUAGAGGCUGGGACAGAAGAUGGGGACUGCUCAGCUGAGACUGUGAGUGAGAAGCAAGCAGUGAAGCCCCCUCCCAGAUAUGAGCAGAGGCAUCGAGUGAAGGUGAUAACUGACCUCUACUCCAGGUUCACACAGGAGGAAGAAGAAACAGACUUCUUGCCAGGGGCUCAUGGACGAGCAGACUCCCUACAGAUCCACUGUUUAAACAUGGAGAUUGUGUUAUUGAACCUAGAUAAUUUCUGGAUGUUCCAGGAAGUUUUGCAGCUAGAGAAAAUAGAGGUGUUGGAAAUCACCAUCGACCAAACUUGGAGAGCUCUUACAUGUCUCUCUCCUGACUUCGUUCAGAUGAGAAAUCUUCACACAUUUUCUCUAGUGUGUAUCUACAAGACCAGGCUUUGCCCUGUUUUUAAAUCACACUACAAGAGGUUAAUCCCAAUGUGCAUAUCCCAGUUUUCCAGUCUCAACGGUCUUCUGAAUCUCUAUAUGGAUGGCAUCUGUUUUCUCCGUGGCCACAUGAGACACUUGCUCAGGAACCUGAAGAAUCACCUGGAAACCUUCUCUGUCACUCACUGCAAGCUGUUUCGGUUAGACUUAUGUCGUUUAUCCGAAUGUCAGCAUCUCUGUCAACUAAAACAUCUGGACAUGAGUGGAGUCCUACUGUCCAAUUUCUGUCUGAUGCCUCUCAGGGUUCUCCUGCAGAAAGUGGCAGACACCCUUGAGACUCUGGAAUUGGAGGGGUGUGGGAUAAAGGACUCUCAGCUCAGUGUCCUCCUCCCUGCCCUCAGCCAAUGCUCCAAGCUCACAAAGGUCAAUUUCUAUACCAAUGACUUCUCCAUGAAUGUCUUGAGUGACCUUCUCCACCACACAGCCAACUUGAGCAACAUGGUGAUGGAGCAGUACCCUGCCCCUCAGGAGUGCUAUGAGCUGGGUCUGGUCUCCAUAGAGAGAUUUGAACAAUUUUGCCCUGUGCUCAUGGAUACCCUCAGGGCCAUAAGGCAGCCCAAGAGCAUCUCCUUUGCUACAGAUGUCUGCAGUAGAUGUUCUAAGCGCUGUGUGUAUGAGCAGGAGACCAGGCUUUGUUCUUGCUUGCAGUAAAUAGGGGAGUGUUACU